AUGGCGGCUAAUCUUAUCAAGGAGAUUGUUAGCAGGAACAAGCGGCGGUUCCAGGAGGACGGCUUUGACCUGGACCUUACUUACAUCUACCCCAACAUCAUCGCCAUGGGCUUCCCUGCCGAGCGGCUGGAGGGCGUCUACAGGAACAACAUCGACGACGUCGUCCGGUUCUUGGACUCCAAGCACAAGAAUCACUAUAAGAUCUAUAACCUGUGUGCGGAGCGACACUACGACACCUCAAAGUUCAACUGUCGAGUGGCCCAGUAUCCGUUCGAAGACCACAACCCGCCCCAGCUGGAGCUGAUCAAGCCGUUCUGUGAAGACCUGGAUCAGUGGCUGAGCGAGGACGAGCAGCACGUGGCCGCCAUCCACUGCAAGGCGGGGAAAGGCCGCACUGGAGUCAUGAUCUGUGCCUACCUGCUGCACCGGGGGAAGUUCCAGGAAGCUCAGGAGGCGCUGGACUUCUACGGAGAGGUCCGGACCAGGGACAAGAAGGGCGUGACCAUCCCAAGCCAGCGCCGCUACGUCGUCUACUACAACUUCCUGCUCCGGAACCGGCUGCACUACAAACCCGUGGCUCUGCUCUUCCACAAGAUGCUGUUUGAGACCGUCCCCAUGUUCACGGCUGGGACCUGCAACCCUCAGUUCGUGGUCUACCAGCUGAAAGUGAAGAUCCACACCUCCAACCCAGCCCACACACACAGGGAGGACAAACUGAUGGUGUUUGAGUUCCCUCAGCCACUUCCUGUCUGUGGAGACAUCAAGGUGGAGUUCUUCCACAAGCAGAACAAGAUGAUGAAGAAGGAAAAGAUGUUCCAUUUCUGGAUCAACACCUUCUUCAUCCCCGGGCCGGAGGAGACCCCGGACAAACUGGAGAACGGUAGCUCCGGAACCCUGCGGGAGCUCGCUGACAGAACAUUUCCAAACCCAGGAAUGAUGAUGAUGAUGGGGAGUGAGACCAAUGACCGAGACUUCCUGGUUCUGACACUUAACAAGAAUGAGUUGGACAAAGCCAACAAGGACAAGGCCAACAAGAACUUCUCCCCGAACUUUAAGGUCAAAUUGUUUUUUACGAAGACGGUGGAGGAAGGCGCCAACUGUGACACGUGCAGCACGUCGGCCUCGGUGACACCGGACGUGAGCGACAACGAGCCGGAUCACUACCGCUACUCGGACACUACAGACUCAGACCCUGAGAACGAGCUGUUCGAAGACGACCUCCAAAGUCAGAUCACAAAAGUCUGACGCGCCCCGUCACGCAUAUAUCCAGUGUAUACGUGUACAUAAGUACUGGACCAGAACCGAUCUGGAGACUCUGGAUUGAAGGAGCUUGAAUCGGAUUAUAACCCCGAACUUCCUUCAUCUACUCGGCGCACCACUGGACAAUCAUCACGUGGCGAGCAGCACAAAGGGGGCUGUGCUACAGGAGUGGGCCGGGCCUCAGAACAAAUUGAGUAAAACUGCAAUCUCAAAAAGUCCAAGAUAAUCCAAACCUUUCCUCGCCUUCCUCCCAUCCCUCCUUCCUCUUCCCCUCCUUCCCCCGGAGCAGCUUCAGGAACCGUCAUCCUGAUUCUGUUUCUGUCCUGUCCGAGCUCCUGGUCCGGUUCUUCUGAGCACCGACCGGUUGACCGGAAUCACAUCAGCUGCUUUUCUGUUGGAAUGGAUUUUUUUUUAAUUAUAAUUCACCACAUUCCCGUCAAGAGCAGAAUGCGCCUUGGAUUUAGACCCGAUUGAGGUCGAGGAACGGUUAACACCAGGGCUUGGUUUGGAUCAGGACCAGCUUGAGAAGGACACCCAGGUCCAGAUCAGGACCUGGCAGUGAGUUGUAAGUCUAGAACCCAGCUUUCUGGAGGAAAGCUUGAGAGGGUUCUGUUGACGGAUUUAAAGCAGAGUCCGGAUCACAGCAGGAAGUGUUAGUUUGCAGAUGAAGGUCCGUUUCACGUCCAGUUUCUGCAACCGUUCUCACCAACCAGAACAGGACAUGUUUAAAGUUAGCUCCCACCUCUGGUCUUAAAGCGUCCUGCCUGAAUGUUCCGGAUCUCCUGCUGAGAUGGUGUAGACAUGCAGUCUGUUAUUCCUCGGUCCGGUCGGGCCGGGUCCCUGGGGUUCUGUAACCGGACUAAGCUUUGGGGUUCCUCGUCUUUAUGGCGGCGCGGCGCUCAGAGGGACAUUCCGACCCGUUUAACGCCAACCAAACCAGCCCUUCUCCACCUCCGCUGCCGUUUUGUCAAUCCGCUGUUGGAAUGCAUCCGGCCCGUUACAGGAAGUGUACCGGGUUCUGUACCGGGUUCUCCUCCAGCUUCUAUCAGUCAUUAAGCUAAACAGCGAACAAGCUCCUCCCAAAGUAACCAUUCCUGCUCUGGACCUUCAGCCUUGUAAAUACUCCCCAUCACACUGAGUCCAUCCAGAAAAGCCCUUCUGGUGGUUCGGCAGCUUUCUGUUAGCUUCAGAAAUGUAUGGGAAUCAUAUAAGCUACGGAGCUUUCUGGAACCGGAACCAGGGGUUGGGAAGGAACCUGAGGUCUUCAGAAUCACCGCUCUGAAGCCGUUGAGCAAAGCCGGGUCCCACUGCUACGAGGUCAAGGUUCUGGUUCCUCCGAAGCUGAUUAGAGACGCUCCAACCAGGAUGUACGUCUUGAAUUGGGUCCGGUUUUUGUCCAGUUUCCCUUUUUUAAUGUGCACACGCUUGGGUUGGGCCAGACGGAACCUGACUUGGUUGGAGCAAAUCCCUCAGCCUCUAGGUCAGACUUCAGGGGCAGUUCUGAUUCCUGCCCCCAGAUUUGCUCCUCACACUUUCCUCCUUCCGGUUCUGGAUGUUGGGAGCCACAUUGGAGUGUGUCCACUGACACCUGGAGCCUUUUCCCGUCCAGAACCAAACCCUAACAAGGGAUUUGGACUCUGCCUGGCUCUCAGGGUUAAAGCAGGAUUAGCCAAAGAAGAACACUGACCGGCUGUUCCUCUGAUGUUCAUUUUCUCUGAGAACCAGGUCUGAGGUAGAACCUCGGGUCGAUGAACCUGUGACCUCAGCUCGUUAAAGGCUGUGGGUGUUCAGGGGUAUUUCAGAUCAGCCGGUCCUUACUGAUGCUGAGAAGUUAAGAAUAUUGUGUACCUGGGCGUCUUUUAGAACCUCCUGCGUGAUUGUCAGCUCCAGGAUUACCCUACUGCGUGCUCUGGAUCUUCAGUCCAUCUCGGUAGGCUUCAGGUGCUAUGCUGACCCAGUCAGUGGUGCUGUUGAUCCGAACCCUCGUAUCUCCUGUACUGUGCCGUCACACCUGACCCUCCAGUCUGGUACGGUUUAAACUACAGCUGAAGGGCGUCCAGAGCUGAAGCAGGAAGUCCACAUGUGCCAGUGGUUGAGUCCUGCUCAGAAAAGCGGGCUCCGGGCUUGUUUCCGGUGAUCUGCAGAGACGUUUCUGCUUUUAAACCUGCUCCAGAGGCUCGGCUCACCUUUUCGGCCUGUGCUAGAGACAGAGUCACGUCUGCUGUUCCCAGACCUGGUAGAACCGGGCUCUGACUCAGACGUGAGCCGCGUGAUCUCUGUUCUGACCAUUCAGGUUCCGUUUCAAUCCCCGGUCCUGUCAACGGGAAGCUCAUUCACAGAUAUUUGUCUUUGUGAUUUGGGUUGAGGUGGUCGUCUGUUCUCCAGUCAGUUUGUUCUGCUAAUGAAGAACAAAAACCGUCUUCGUAUGUUAGUGUUUGAACCAAUCAGAACCGUCACAUUUCAUGAUGUCAGUGUUCAGCUUUAUUGGAACGUCCGGUUCUACUCAGCGAAUCCUUUUAGGUUCCAGAUGUUAAAAACCUUCAAUCACAACUGCCUGAUCGCUCCUGUAGAACAGUAGUCAGAGACAUAUUGAUGAGUUCUGCAUUGUGGAACCGCCCGCUUAGAUGUGGUUUGUAAACAUGUUUCUUAUGGUUUUCACUCAGACAUUAAACGGCAGAGAUGCUGUGACGCUAUGAGCUGUGUUACCAUGCAAACACGUUAAUCGGACCCCUUUUAUUCUGCCGCUACUCAUUUUAUAAUAAAAAAAACACUGUAAAGUGAAUAAACUAUUUAUAAACAGCUA